UCUAUCUAGGCUUGAAAAACCCAAAGUGCCCACAAAUCUUAGCAGCGCCAACAAUGGCGACAAAUCAAUCAGAACUUGAUUCUUUCCGCCUGUUUCCUUCAACAGAUGACAACAAAACACAAUUAGGGUUGUCGUUUCUUGACGAUUCGCCGGAAAAGCCUCCUCUUCCACUUCCACCUCCUUGCCUGGAAGUCCUUCUUUCCGAGGUUUCAUCUUCCAUAAAACCAACUUUCGAGCCUGUCAAUUUCGAUGGACUUACUCUGCUAAAGGGUCGAGUGAGUACCCAUGAAGUUUUUGCAUUAUCGAAUUCAGAUUUAGUACCUGGAAAAUAUGAAGGGGGGCUAAAGCUAUGGGAAGGCUCAUUGGAUUUGAUCAAGACUCUUCGAUUAGAGAUGGAAUGUGGCAAUCUUUCAUUGGUUGGAAAGAAAGUAUUAGAGCUUGGUUGUGGCCAUGGACUUCCUGGAAUAUUUUCUUGCCUCCAGGGUGCUUCUUGUGUACAUUUCCAAGAUUUCAACUCUGAGGUCCUACAGUGUCUCACGAUUCCCAAUGUUGUUGCUAAUCUUCCUGUAAAGUCUGAGUCUUUAUCUUCAGAAGUCCGUUUCUUUGCCGGUGAUUGGAGUGAAGUACAUCAAAUACUACCCAAUUUACAAACUGAUGACCUGGAUUCAAACUGCAGCUCAGGGGCAAAUUCGUCAUUUGGUUAUGAUGUCAUUCUAAUGGCUGAGACAGUUUACUCAAUUUCUACUCUUCCUGCUCUUUAUCAACUUAUAAAGAAGUGUAUUAGUCAUCCUCAUGGUGUUGUUUACAUGGCUGCAAAAAAGUACUAUUUUGGAGUUGGAGGGGGAUCAAGACGUUUCAUAUCAUUGGUUGAGAAAGAUGAUGUUAUGGUGGCGAGCCUCAUUGCGGAGGUUGGGGGUGGAUCGUCUAAUGUUCGUGAGGUGUGGAAGCUUCAAUUUAAGUGACAUUUUAUGAUGUUUACAAAUUAAAAAUCUGUUGCUAUUUGUUGAAUUUUGUCUUAUAAUAUAGUUAUUAAUUAUUAAUCAUCCCCACAUGAAGGAAGUUCAAUGA